UUUGUUACAGGUCGUUAUACCAGAGACAUCACCGACUUCCACAUAGUUGUCCCUCAGAAAGUUCAUCCAAAUGGCUCCUUCCAUUCUCACCACCUUCCACACUAUUUCCAUCCUUCCGUGCGAAAAAAGCGGAACCUAGAAGAUGAAAGGAUCCACUACCUGUUGCACUUUGGUGGUUUGUCUCAUGUGCUUGAGCUCGAACCCAACGCUCACAUAACCUCUCCCGGCAUGUUGGUGGAGACUAGAGCCACAGGCAGUGACAUUUCCGGAGCUCGUUCCGACGUCCCCCGCAGACACUUGUGUCAUUUCCACGGCUCAGUGCGAGGCAGUCCCGGUUCCCGGGUGGCAAUAUCAUCUUGUGAUGGGUUGGUUGGUAUGAUACGGACCGCAAGCGGCACGUUCUUUGUGGAACCACUUCACGGAGAAUCCCCUGAAGAAGGGAAGGAGCACAUUCAUGUGGUCUACAAGCGGUCGCUACAGCCCACUGGACGUAGUUGCAAUGUAAGAGGAGAUGAUUGGUGGAGUAUAUGGACGACUCGGUUACGUCAAUACAUGGACUCGCAUCCUGUGCGUAAACGCUCGGAGGCAGGAGUGACCGUGCAGCGAUGGUAUGAGCUUAUGAUCGCCACUGACAAGAAGUUUCUUACAUUUCAUAAGGAUAUUGAUGUUGAAGAAUAUGUCAUCUGCAUCAUGAACAUGGUAGCAGAUUACUACCACGAUAAGAGUGUUGGUAAUUUGAUUGACAUUGUCAUCGUUCGGAUUAUAUAUUUGGAAAAACAGGAAGAGGAAAUAGAUCUGGAGACCAGCAACUCUGGAGAGUCCACAUUGGACAGUUUCUGUAUAUGGCAGGCGAAGAUGAAUCCCAAGGAUUACUUCCACCCGAACCAUCAUGACCUUGGAGUUCUCUUAACCAGGUAUGACAUCUGUUCAGCGGACGAGGACGGAUGUAACCUGCUGGGGUUGGCGCACAUGGGCACGGCUUGCUCCAAUGACCUCAACUGCUGCAUCAAUGAGGACUCUGGCCUGAUACUGGGGAUCACUGCUACGCAUGAGAUCGGCCACACGUUGAGCUGCACCCAUGACGCGCCAGAGGAGAGUGGUUGUGAACCUGUGACGGCGGCUGGUGACUCCACAAUCAUGAACCCCGCUGUGCAAGCUGAAACCAGUGCUUGGUCACCUUGUUCUCGAGGGUUCAUCACCGGGCUGUUUGAUUCACAGAUGGGCGAGUGCAUGCUGGAUGAACCUAAGGAACAUACAUAUCCACUGGAUGAAAUGCCUCCUGGAGCUUUCUACGACGCCGACGAACAAUGUUCUUUCCUCUUUGGCUCCAAAUAUGUCCAUUUUGACCAAGGAGGGGACAAAAUGUGUGACAAGUUGUGGUGUAAAGAGAAAGAUGGCGGCAAAACAAUGUCAUUUGGCACUCCCCCUGCUGAGGGUACAAAAUGUGGUACUGAUAAGUGGUGUUUUAAUAAGACUUGCGUAAUGAUUGGAGCACGGCCCCAGGCCGUCAAUGGGGAGUGGGGAGAGUGGGGGAAAUGGAGCCCAUGUUCUCGCACUUGUGGAGGUGGUGUGGAGGUGCGUGAACGUUUAUGUGACAAUCCCCAGCCGUCCAACAAAGGACGGUACUGCUCUGGCAAACGCUCUGAGUACAACAUGUGUAACACUCAGGAAUGUACUGACAACAAUGGCCCAACAUUUCGAGAAUUGCAAUGCACUGAGUUUGACAAAAAGCCUUUCGAAGGUGUAUUGCACACUUGGAAACCCUACAAAGCACCUGAUUCUGAUCCCAAUCCUUGUGCACUGUACUGCCUGUCUAACGAUGGGGUCUACACUAAACUGGCACCCAGAGUGAAGGAUGGAACUCGCUGCAAGCCGGGAACUCGAGAUACCUGCAUCCAGGGUGCCUGCAUGCCAGUGGGCUGUGACUGGAAGAUAGCAUCAGAAGCUGUUGAAGAUGUCUGUGGAAUCUGCGAUGGUGACGGGACUCACUGUACCGUUGUUGAGGAUGUGUUCAAGGGUGUUCCAACAACAGGUUAUGCCCCUAUAGCAACAGUGCCAAAGGGUGCCAUGAACGUGAAGCUGGCAGAAGUACAUCCUAGUGAUAAUAUGAUUGCAGUGACAGCAAUUGACAACCAAACUUACUACUUGAAUGGUGGCUAUACAGAAGGCUACGAAGGGGAAUACAAUUUUGGAAACACCAAAGGAAUCUACACGAAACCUGGGAAAGAUAUGGAUGAACUCAACAUUAAAGGUCCACUUACAGAACCUUUGGUGCUUUAUGUCUGCCUCUUUGCAGACACCAAUCCAGGAGUUCACUACUCAUAUGCUAUGCCCUCUGACACGCCAACGUACACACCCAAAUACCGCUGGGACUUUGUCGAGUGGGGUCCAUGCUCCGCUCAGUGUGGUGGGGGUACUCAGGUGAUGCUAGGCAUUUGCAUGGAAGAAAAGAAUGGCAAGGUGAAACCAUCUUUAUGUGAAGGCAUACCGAAAAAAGAGCCGAGAGCACGUACUUGUAAUGAUAAACCUUGUCGUACCAGAUGGAAGGUGUGGAAAUGGGGCCCAUGCUCUGGCUGCCUGUACCAGUCUGGCACGCGCACGCGCCAGGUGGAGUGCGUUAAGGAGAACCCUACCAAUACAGGUGAUGAGGAGAUCAUCACAGAGGCGUCAGAAUGCUGCGGUGAGCCGCCCAAGAAGUUUGAACUGUGUAACUCCUCCCGCCCCUGUCCCAAGAAUAUGACCAGCGGGAUUGUAAAGAAAAGAGAAAUGGAAGUCAUGUCGAUAGAAGAGAUGAUUGUAAAGCGAGAUAGUGGGAAGUCAUUCAGUGAUGGGGCCAACUCUUCUCGAGUCAAUGCUACGAUCCAGGACCAUGUCCAGACAAACCAAGUGCACCUGGAAGAAGUGAUACUGGAGGACACAAAACUCAACCUGACCGAAAAGGAGUUUGAAGAAGUGGGUGAUAAGCUUUCAGAGAAACGACUCUCCUGUCCACUUCAAACUCUUACUGGCCAGGAUGCAAUGGACAGAAUCGAACAACUGAUACAUGGAGAAGAUUACGUGAGAAAUAAAACCAAAUCAAAUAACAAUCAUAAGGAAACAUCAAAAAGUUCAAAUUCAAGUGCACCAAAAACUCAAGAAUCACCACACCAUGAAGAAAAUAUAGAAAAAUGUAAUCCAUCUUAAAAUGAAUCUUGUGGUUGUUAUUGAUAAUUAUAUAAAUAAUGUAAUAAAGUAUUUUCUUACUG